AUGUACGACUCUUCUGCCGCUGUUGACCCCUACUCUGAUGCGUACAAUGCGCCUCCAGCGCCGGCCUCUGCUGAGCGCGACCCACCGGCGCCACGUGGACGCUCUCGCUCCAGGAGUCCAGUGAGGGCCAACGGCAACAGCAACGGCGACUCGAGGUACAGGAGCCUCCCACCGUACCGCAGCAGGAGGUCGCCGCCUCCUCGCAGGUCUGCCCAUGCACCCCUUCAACCCAAUCCCUCUCAAGUGCUUGGCGUCUUUGGGCUGAGCAUUCGCACUCAGGAACGCGACCUCGAAGACGAGUUCAGCCGCUUCGGGCGUGUUGAGAAGGUCACCAUCGUGUACGACCAAAGGUCAGACCGCUCUCGCGGCUUUGGGUUUAUCAAGAUGGGUGCCGUGGAAGAGGCAACCAAGUGUGUUCAAGAAUUGAAUGGCAUUGAGCUCAAUGGGCGCCGCAUCCGUGUUGACUACUCUGUCACCGAUCGCCCCCAUGCCCCCACGCCAGGAGAGUACAUGGGUCACCGCCGUUCCGGUCGUGAAGAGCGCGACCGCGAUUAUCGUCCAAGGAGGGACGACCGCGACUACAGGGAUCGUGAUAGAGACCGCGACUACCGCCGCAGCGAUCGUGACCGUGAUAGGGGGGACCGCGGCAGGGAUCGUGACGGCUAUGGCCGCGACAAGGAUUGGCGCGACCGCAGCCCUCCGCCGAAGAGUCGCGGGUACUCGCCUGACCAUAGGCGUCGCAGGAGUUACUCCAGAACCCCGCCGCCCAGGGGUAGCAGCCCUGCUCCUCGUUCCAAUGGCAACGGAAGGGAUUACGACAUGGGACCUGCUUCCCAAGAAGCCACGCGCUGGUAA